AUGGAGAAAAGGAAACUUUUACCUGAUCCUAAAGAGGAAGCACCUGAAGUUCAAUCAGCAGAAGAAGAAGAAGAAGAAGAUCAAGAGCAAGAGACACCCUUACAAAGAAGAAAGAGGGUGAUUGUCACUUCUUCUGAUUUCGUUGAAGAUCCUACUCAUGAGACAACUGCCAGAGUAGUAGAAGAGGAACUUACCUCUGAGGGAUCUGAAUCCCAGAUUGAAGAGAGAGAAAUUGAGAAGGAGCAGGCAAUACCAAUUCAGAGAAAAAAGAGAAGGAAGAUGACUGUCUCUCCUUCUAAUUUGGUCGAAGACCUUAUUCGUGAGGCAGCUGCCAAGGCAGUAGAGCAAGAACAUUCUAAGGCCAUAAUUGUUUUUCAGAGAGCUGAAAAAAGGCGUUCUCUUUCGAAUCUCACUUUUCCUUCAUCUCCUAAGGAAACUCCAAUUACUACUCCCUCCAUGAUGGUAGCUGAUUCUUCUAUAGAGGGUACUAGUAGCUCUCCAUCUCAUGCUUUAUCACCUCUGCCUAGUUCCAGCCCCUUUUCCCUUGACUUAUUGGUAACUAGAACUAUGGAGACUGCAGAAGAUGCUCCACCCAUUUCUCCUAUUCCUAUGCAGUCCUUCGUGCCUUCCACCAAAGCUCUUUCUGCACCUUUCAUGUCCACGGACGAGGUAGACAUCUUCGAUGCAAGACUGGCUAGUCUCUUCGACAUGCCUUCCACCUCUCCAAUGGCUAGUGAUGAGACUGAACCAUUAGUCUUGGCUGAUUCCUUACUAGAAAUUUUUGAGAGCUCUUCCUCCAGUAGUAAGCCUUCUUCAACUCUGAUGGUUGCUGCUGGGGGUGUGGGUAACCCCUUUGAGCCUGUCCGGCGAAAGGACCUACGAAAAGUGCUGGAAAAGGUGUUGUGUCUCUUCCAUUUGUAG